AUGUCUCAAUGUAUAGGUUAUUCAACAUCAUCUGGGUCUAUCUGGACUCCUUCAGAAAACAUUCUCUUAGAGAGAGCGAUCUUGAUGUUUCCUGAAGAAACCCCAGAUCGUUGGUACAAAAUAAGUAAUCAAAUUCCUGGAAAAUCUACGAUUGACGUGUUGGAACAUUACAUCAGACUCAUACAGGAUACUGAUGCAAUUGAUUUUGGUGCUAUGGAUCGGUACAUUCCAUCCAUGUGGGAUUUAGAAGAAGGAAGCGACUCAAAAGAGAAAAAAAGGGGUACUUCAUGGACAGAAGAGGAACACAUACUGUUUUUGCAAGGACUUCUAAAAUAUGGCAAAGGUGAUUGGAAGAAUAUUUGUCGAAACUAUGUGACAACCAAAACUCCAACUCAAGUUGCUAGCCAUGCUCAAAAGUAUUUUGAACGACAAAAGCUUGGUAACGUGGAGAAGAAGAGGAAAAGAUCUAGCAUCCAUGAUAUCACCAUCAAUCACAUUCCUUCAUCACAUGGUAGUGAUGCCCGAUAG